GAAACCUAAGACGGACGAUGCAGCAUCUGAGGCAAAAGAGAUGGUUCAUAGUGCCCUAAAGCAGACAAGUGGAGGAGAUGCUGUCCUUGCCGAAUAUGGUUCCAAAAAUACGCUUUCAAGUGAAAUGAGACGAGUCCUAGUCAACAUUGUGGUCGGACAUAUGGUGGAAAGGCAUGGGACGAUUCCUUCAAGGAACCAGAAGGAGAAGUAUGCUCUAGGGGUUGUGACUCUUUUCCCAUCACUUAAAGAUCCGUUUUCAAAAAAAGGCUAUGAACAUUUUUAUGACGCAGACGGUGGAACUGGAUAUAUUGCAUGGCGAUUGAAGACUGUUCAGAGGAACACCAAGAAACGAAAUAAGCCUAGAAUCUCCAAAAGAAGUGAGACUGGUUUGAGUGGACCUUCUUGGAACAGAUGUUCCAGCUCCGAGCAGCAGGAUGAGGAUACUUUAAGAGAGGCAAUUGCCUUUCUUACUCAAUCCACAGAUGAAACACAGAUCAUACCCAAAAUGAGGGAGACUUUUCACUAUAGGCAUAGUCUUGUUCAUGACCCAAACAAGACAACAGACAUUCUGAAGACCUUUCCUACCUUUCUAAACACUAAAGGACUUGUGAAUCAAGACUUCUCACUACUCUUCAGUUCUGAAACAUCGUCCAAGUUGCUUGAAAUGUGGGACACCACUUUUAAGGCAAGAAUCAUCGAAGAAGCCAUAGGCUUGACUUUAAACGCUGUUGUGCGUUCGCUUCUUCUGUCAGCAAAUAACCAGAGAGAAAGCGAACACUGUUCUGACUGGGACAGUGACAUGGCAACAUUGCUUUUGCUGCUCCAUCUACUUCCACCAACACCUGGAAAGAAAGUU